AUGGGUCGGAAAGGUUUCAAAGAUAACGAUGAUGGUUUUAACGUUCAGGAGGAAACUUCGGAUUCUGUUAUUGGAACUGAUGCAACAGAUGAAAAAGGCCGAUUGAUUGAUGAAAUUCAUGACGUGAAAGUUGUUGAUGAUAAAGAAAUUGCUCUUGUUCUUUACAAAAAUGAUUAUACUUAUUGUUGGAUUCCUGUUCAAAAUUUAAGAAAUGCUGAUGUUUUACUACAAGCACAUAGAAAACAAAUACAAGCCUGGAAUAAACGUGGGAAACAUGUAGAUCAAGGAAUGCAAGAACCUGGUUUAAAUAAUGAAAAUUUCACUAAAGAACCUAUUGUAAAUCAUCCGCAUCAAUCAUCCGAGUCUCCUGAAAUUUGUUCAAGCAAUCAAUCUGUCGAUAAAACUGAAAAGUCAAAAGGCAAGAAACGUGCUCGAGAUGAUGAUGAAUCACAACAAAAUAUUAUAAAGAGACGUGUUGGGCGUCCAAAGAAAAGUGCCGUUACUAAAAAGGGCAAAGUUAAAAGACCUGUGGGAAGACCAAAAAAGACAUUAACUCCCCGUGAAGCUUUAUUAAAAGAUAAUAAACCGAAAGAACGAGCUGGAAGAAGGAAGAAAAAGUCCUCUGACACUGAAUCUGAUCCAUGGGAAGCUGCUAAAGCUCAUAUAUCUUCAAGUUCAAACUUUGAUCAUGUACCAUCGCCUGAUCGUGUUCCAUCGGCAGAUAAAUCAGCCAAUGAAGAUUCCGAUGGUUAUGAUUUAUGGGAUAUACCUGCAACACCAGAACCUCUUCGUGACGUUCUAUCGGGUAAAAGCACGAACGCUGAAGACGUACACACCGGUAUUUAUAUUAAUCUUCUUAAAUUUAUGUUUGAAAUUAUCGCUCUUUUAUAUAAUUAUCAUUUUGACAAAUAA